UACAAACCAAAACAUCGAGAACUCCGAGAAGACAUGGCUACGAAAAUAUUUUGAUUUUCUGAAUGAACUGACUGACGGAAUGUCGCUGUUUUCUUAAUUCUGAGGAGAGAAUUAAUUUCUUUGGAUCAGCUGUUUCAACUUCAGACUUUUGAUUGACAAGGAAACUCCUCCCCUUGCCUAAUUAAGCCCCUCCCCCAACAUGGAGAACAGCGAGGGAUCGUACCGCACACUUGUCAGUGUCACUCCCCCAGAAGACGAGGAGAAAAAGUCAAAUGGCGUCGAGAUGAAGAAUCUUCUAGAAGAAGAUGAAGAGCCACAGGUCAAACCGAGCGGGAUGAAAAGGAGUGAUACAGCAGAUCUUCUUAAUCUCACUCUACACCAGUGUGCUAGAAAUGGUGACACUCGUAGCAUGGACAUCUUACUUCGCUCCAUCACGGGAAACGUGAAGAAGAAGAUCAACAUGCGAGACGAGGAGGGAGUGACGGCCAUGCAUUACGCGGCCCGCUACAACCAGUAUGAGAUUGUCAAAAUCCUACAGAGCUACGGAGCAGAUAUUAAUUGCCUUGAUGAGGAAGGGUUAACUCCCCUUCAUUAUGCUGCCCGCUACAAGAGGGAACGACAGAGGCGGGGAUCGGAGGCGUUGCUGGACAAUCAGGAGAGCCUCAAUCUUGAGGAGGUUGAUGGGGGAAUUCUCAUUGAGAUAAAUGAGAUAAAUGAGAUUGAGGACACAGAAGCUGAGGCCAGCACCAUACCUCCUAGUCUGUCCGCGGAGGAACUCGCCAGUUCUGACCAGGUGACCACAUUCCUGGUUAAGAACGGGGCCGACUUAAACAGGGGAGAUAAGUACGGAUUGACUCCCCUUCACUACGCGGCCAUGAGAGGGAACGAACUGGCCACCAAAGAGCUGUUACAGUUCCGAGGGAUUAAUUUUGAGGCUGAGGACAAACAGGGAAUGACCGCUCUUCACAUGGCGGCCACACAUAACUGCGUAGAAAUUGCCAGGAUGUUGAUCGAGGCGGGCGCCCAGCUGAGGUGUAAGGACAACGAGGACCUGACUCCGCUACACUGCGCGGCCAUGGAGGGUAACAUCGAGAUCGUACAGCUCCUGUUCCAGGCCGGGGCCAAGCAGGACGGGUGGGUGACCAUAUCCAACAUGGUCACUGACAGGGACUGUGAUCAGAACACCUGUCUUCACCUAGCAGUGGAGAACGGACAUUACGAUGUGGUCAAACUCAGUCUGGACAAGCGGUCGGACGUCAACACGCCCAGCAGUAACUACAUGCACCCCCUACAUCUGGCUGCCAAAGCAGGAGACAUCAGGUGUGUGAAGCUUCUGGUUCAGCACCACGCUAGGAUUGACGCGCUGAACGAUGAGAUGGCAACACCGCUUCAUAUCGCGGCAGCCUACAACCAUAAAGAUGUGGUUGACUUCCUCAUAGAAAUGAAAGCCCCCCUGGAGAAGCGGGACCGAGACAACUACACGCCGCUGUUGAUGGCCGCGUAUUCGGGUCACGCUGAGUCCCUGGAUGCACUGUUGAAGAAAGGUGCAGAUUACGAGGCCGUCGAUAAAAACGACAAAACGGCGGUGUAUCUGGCGGCCGAGGAGGACAAACUAGAUGCUCUGAAGACGAUGUUGGCCUACCCUGACGUGCGCCGUCUAGUGGACGUUGGUGAUCGCUAUGACAACCACCCUUUACACAUUGCUGCUCAAGAAGGAUACCUCAGCAUUGUAAAGUGUCUGAUUGAGAAUGGAGCAGACUUGGACUGUAAGAAUGAAGAGGAACAGACUCCAUUACAUCUGGCUGCCAAAAAUGGAAGAACAAACGUGGUCCGGGAGAUGGUGAUUCGUGAUCACUCAUCUGUGAACGACGAGGACGAGGACUCCAACACGGCCCUCCACCUGGCCACGCUUCACGGUCACACCAAGGUCGCACUCAUCCUCAUCAAGAAUGGUGCCGAUGUGGCUGCCAGGAACUCUGUCCUGUGGACGCCUCUGGAUUGUGCCGCAGCCAAGGGUUGGCUGAAAACAGUCAAGUGUCUGCUGGACGCUGAUGCUCCCAUUGACCCGAUGGACAAAACCAAGACUACUCCCCUUCAUCUGGCCUCUCGUUACGGACAUGCUGAUGUUGUGAAAUGUCUGCUGGAUCACCAGGCGAACGUCUCACAGCGAGACACUGACGGCAAUAACUGCCUGGAUAUGGCCAUCGACAACAACAAACCAGAGGUUGCCCUGGUGGUCAUCAACAGCAAUAAGUGGGAGGAGGCUAUGAGGAACGAGACCCCGGAUCUGGCGACAGGGCUACGCACCACACCCAUGAGGAAGCUCAUCAAGAAAAUGCCAGAUGUUGCUGAAGCUGCGUUUUUGCGAUGUAUGACAACAAACCACAAAAACCCUGAGUAUCCUGACUACAAAUGUACGUUUAACUACGAAUUCCUGGACGACACAUACUCCAACUGGACUGAACAAGGCAGUAGUGAAGGGUCCGCAUCAGGAAGUGUAUACAACGAGGACUUCUCUCUGAACGUGGCGGCCCGGCCCUACACCUCCGACUCGAGUGAGAUGAAGAACAACCACCCACUGAUGAUUAUGGUGCAUUCUAAGCGAGAGGACUUGCUGGCCCACCCACUGGUCAACGCCUUACUGCGCCACAAGUGGAACAGCUUCGGCCGGACCUUCUACUACAUGAACUUCCUCAUCUACGCCAUCUUCCUCACCUUUCUGACCGGCUACAUUGUGUCCACACCCCCUCCGUUUGUAGUCUAUCAGGAACUGAACGUCUCGUCUCAGACGUCGGAGAGAGUGGCCUGCAAUCUCUCACUCUCCCUGUACAACCCAGCCAAUGACAAAUUCGACCAGCCGCUGUUCGCCACUAUAGGAAAAUAUGUCAUUAUGGCUCUGGCUGCGUGGAACUUACUACGAGAGCUGCUACAAAUCUACCAGGCUAAGCUUCAGUACCUGGGCUUUGAGAACCUGAUUGAGUGGGUCACCUACGUCUGUGCCCUGCUGCUGGUCAUAGACUUCGAGAACUGCCAGAAAAACACCGGCUUCAGAUUCCAAUGGCAGUGGUCGCUGGGCGCGGUAGCCAUCUUCCUGUCCUGGAUUAACCUGGUUCUCUUCCUCCAGAAGUUCCCACGGUUUGGAAUCUACGUUGUCAUGUUCAAGGACAUCCUGAACACCUUCUUACAGUUCGCCGUUGUUUUCUUUCUCUUUAUCGUGGCGUUCGGUCUCGGGUUUUACGUUCUCCUCCAGAAUCAGGAUGCCUUUGCCACUGUGUGGGAGUCCCUGAUAAAGACAACGGUGAUGAUGAUUGGAGAGUUUGAAUACCAGGACAUUUUCUACGGCAAUGAUAUCGAUUUUUACCCAGAAAUCACCUACAUCAUGUUCUGCGUAUUCAUGAUCUGCAUGUCCAUCAUCAUCAUGAACUUACUGGUCGGUUUGGCUGUAGACGACAUCAAGGCUGUACAAGAACAAGCCGCGCUGAAGAGAAUGGCCAUGCAGGUGGAACUGGCUCUAGAUGUGGAGCGAGUGGUCCCAGAGUUUAUACGUCGCCGAUUCGUCACGAAGUGUGACACGUACAAACCCAACAAACGGACGCUGAACCCGCUCAAACUCCUGGCACGGGCGGAGGCGGGGGACCUGUCCUCUCAGGCCAUCUCCAAGGCCCUGGACCCAGACCUGGACGAGAUAGAGAAGGUGAUGGAGACCCAGGAGAAGCUACAAAAGGACAUCAACAAACUGAAGGGUGGGGUCAAGAACAUCCGCGAGCAGACUGCCCGACUCGAGGGCAUGCUCAAGUGUCUACUGGAGAACUCGGGCGUUGGUGACUACAAGGAAGAGGAUUUCCAAGAUGGAGACUAAAAAGGGAUUGUCUCAAAGGAUGAAAAUUAUGCUUUAAAAAAAUAAAGAUGUCAUCUCAAAGGAUUUGAGAUAGUAACUCUGUAGAAAAUAGGAAACCUCUCAAGACACAAAUUAUGUUUAUUGAGAUACAGAGGUAAUCACUUUGUUAUUGUGUAGUAGGAAGGAAACAUGAUAAAAAAAACUACUUUUAGGGAACUUUAUAUUUAGAAUGUGUUUAGUUUAAGUUAAUGGUAAUGUACAGUGGUUGUUACUGUUAGUAAAAUACACCUUUUUUUCAAGGCAUUUUGACUUGUUAUCUAAUUAUCUAGAACUCUUUCUUUGAUUAUACAUUUUUAUAUGAUAGAUGGUAUUUUUGUAUAUAUCUAUUUAAUAUACAAUGUAUUUGCAGUAGUGGUGAAGCUUCAUCAGUCUUGGAUUAUUGAACUUUAUCACUGAUGUUGCUCAAUAGUUAUUGGCAUCAGAGGUUGAAGCUUAUCCCCCUUCCCAUGUUUCACGUUGAUUUUGAUACCUUCAAAUUUCAUGUCUGAAUUUUUUCAGGGCUGAUUCAUAAAUUAUUUCUAAGAUUGUAAUGAUCUGUAGAGGUGCAUUCAUAUAGAUAUUCAGUCCCGAUAAAAGCACCAGGUUUUCUGUGUGUUAUGAUAUAAAUUUAUUUAAUAGAUAUUCUACAUUUUUUGUACAUUUAUUUGAUAGUUUAAAUUUAUCAUUUUUACAAAUCUUGGAAGAGGUUGAAGGUGACAAAUAUUUUGUUCAGUUCAACCCAAUCGUUUUUUUUUUUUUUAUUUAUAACUAAUUUUACAACUUGGAUGUGUCUUAAUUGUUGAACCAUUAUGAUAGUAACAGUUACUGUUGAUUUAUUUCGAGGUGAAGAUUCGUUGUUACUGUCGGAACAUGACAGUUAUUUUUAGACAUAUAGAAUACUGAUAUUAUAUAAAAUGACAAAUGUAAACUGUGAUACAUUUCUCUUCUUUUUCAUUAUUAUUCUGAUGUUUUUGCAUGUAUAUGACCAAGUUUCACGCAAUUGUUUAAAGUUAGGCCCAACCCCUACCCUACCCCCCCUCCCCCC